AGAAAUGUGGUUUUUACUUGAGAUCAGUGCAUCUCUUGACUUUCUUCUGCGUCUAUUUUUUCGUGCUGUUUUUCCAAGGACGUAGGCAUUUUCCAUUGGAAGAGCAAGUGUGAAUACUAGAGCACUGACCUAUGCAACACAGGGCAGCCUGCAUGGCGCCGGCUUAUGACGGACCCUUCCCAGAGAUCCCAGCGCUCGAGGUGAGCCACGCGGCAUUCCAGCACCAGCUGGAGCUCACAGCGGAGGACGCCGAGCAGGAUAACCGUCACAGGCGCAUCAUGAGCACGUUCACCGAGCAACAGGUGUUCUUCAUCACAGCCUGCUUCACGCUCUGCCGUCUGCCCAAGACAAUCAAAUCCUUCGGCGGUGACUGCAACAAGGUGGCCAUGCACUUUGAGCCCUACGCGGCUGCUUUCAAGUGCAAGCCAGGCUCCAAGAUGAAUCCAAUGGUUAAGUGCCCCUAUUUCAACUGAAACAAGCAGCGGCAGUCAACCAGCAACUACAUCUGUGCACUAAAGUGUACAUAGUCUUCAAGUGCACCUGUUCGUGGAUGAUUGUUCGGCGAGCACUUGCAACAGCAGUUUCCUUUCACAACGGACAUCGAGAGCCUAAUUUCAUGUAGAACAUAAUAAUCUGCUAGUACCUUAUGUACAUUUCGCGUGUAUUUUAUAUGUACCGAUUCGUGGUAUUCCUGAACAACUGCAUGGGACAGAAAGCUUAGAGCUUCACUUGUCUGUUUUUCAUGUGAUAUUACACUGUUUUUAGGUUUACACUGGAGUGUGGCAUCUUACAAAGCUGUGUUUAGCUAACACCACUGCAGAAGAUAAAUAGCAAUGUGCGACUGUCUACAUGUACUGACCAAUUUCGUAUAAUGCUCGUAGCUGUAUGUGAACAGAAGCUUCUGAAUAACAACAAAAAGUGUUUCUUUACGCUAGCUUCCAACUACAAGCGUUGAAUGAAACUGGCUUGAAAUCAGGUUUUAAGCGCUCUGAUAAAGUGCUGAUUAAGUCUAUCGAUCCAUUUCAUUUUCUAUUCGUCUUAUCAUUUGUUGCGCUGACACCCUGGCAGACGUGGCUUCGUCCAAACCAAUGACUAAGAGCAAAUUGAAUGAAAAACAAAAUGAAUCAUUAUAAAAUGUGGUGCCAGGAUGCAAAAAGCACCUUGACUUAGCAUGUGCUGCAGGGUUGCAAAUGGGCACCACAGCAUCCUUCCUCUAUGCAAGCCAUGCGCUCUGCUUCUUACAUUUCAUCCCAGUGCAAUAGUGAACAACCUUCAAUCACACUUUGACCAAGGCACAGAGUGUUGUGUGCACAGAGUACAGGUGGCUAGGCAGCAGCGGUAUAGUGCGCCGAGGCGUAGCGGGUUUUGUACGUUGCCAGAUGGUUGGCAUUUCGUGGAGUUACUACAUCAGACGAGUUACUAGCAGCGUUGUGCACUGCCACAUUUCGAUCAAAGCAGUGCUAAAUUAUCAGUAAAUCUCUGUGAACUAAGAAAAGGGGUUCAUUAUAUCCAUUCACAUGAAAUUUUUUCUUAGUUAAAAUGAGAUUUUAUUUGCACGAGUUUCUAUGCGUGAAUGUCAAGAGUGAAUUACGAUUAGUUGAGUUCGUUAUAACAAGGUCUGGCUGUGUGUUUAGAAAUGCUCACCAAGUCUGCGUACUUAUCGAAUUGUAUUAUGAAUGAACAAUAAACUGAAAAUGAAGCAAACAGUGUUGCCUUCACACAAUUCUGAGGAUAUAUUUAAAAGUGAUGACAUACGACAUCCUUUGUGGGCCAAGUAGUGGAGUGAUGCUACUACUGGUUUAGUAGUGGCACAAUGAAUUGGAAGGGAAAGUCUAUAAACUUUUUCAA